UUUAAUUAUUACUCUGACCCUGAUCAACUCUAACCUCCAUCCCCACCUCUCGCCAUGCGCGCCAUGCCGCCGCCGCCGCCGCCGCCGCCGCCGCUCCUCGCCUGUCUCCUCACCCUCCUCCUCGCCACCGCGGCGGUGCCACCGGCCGGCGCCUUCUGCGUUUCGAAGAAGGCAGGGGCGCACAGCAAGCCCAAGGCGCCGGCCAAGCCGAAGCCCACGCCGGCGCCGCCGAAGCCGAUCCCUCUCGUCCCCGGCGGCGACAUCGUGCGGAGCCUGUGCCUGAAGACGGACUACCCGGACCUGUGCACAUCGUCCAUCUCGAAGCAGCCGCAUCCGCAGCUCCCCGGCGAGAAGCGGCUCGACGCCGCGGGGGUGCUCCGGCUGGCGAUGGCCGCCGUGCGCGCCAAGGCCGCCGAGGCCACGGCGGCGGCGACGGCGCUGCUGAACGACCCCAAGACGCAGCGGGGGGCACUGGGCCCGCUGCACGACUGCAUCGACUCGUUCGACGACCUGGCCUAUAACCUGGAGCAGGCCGACAAGGCCCUCGCCGCCGGCGACCGGGCGACCACGGGCACCAUGCUCGACGCCGUGCGCACCGACGUGGACACCUGCGACCAGGGCUUCGAGGAGUGCGAGGACCUCAAGAAGGUCAUGGGCAAGUGGGACGCCGAGCUCGCCAAGCUCGCCAGCAACUGCCUCGCCAUCGCCACCGCCGCCGGCCUCCGCUAGCUAGACCGCGGCCGGGCCAUAGGUCGUUAGCUCAUCCAUAGGUGUGCUAGGGUUUCCUCUAUCGGCCGAAAUUCACCAAAAUUUUCCUUCUA